AUGUCAUUAAGUUUGGGUGAAUUGAUCAAUCAAUCAUUGGACAAAAUCAAAAAGGCAAUAACUAAAAAAUAAUUCGAAUUGAAAUAAAGCAUCGAUGAAGCUUAAUGUAACAUAUUAUUGCUUAUUUAAAAGAGCUCAAAGAAUAUUUCGAUGCUAAUCAUUUAAUAACAGUGUAUUAAUAGUGCAUUUAAUCCAAACAAGUCAAACUGAUUGAGUUGGCCUUAUUCGACAUUAAAGUAUUAAAUGGACUAAGAAUAGAAUUUAGUAGAACAAGGAUUUUUCGCUGGGGAAUAAUUGAUUGGAGAAAAAAGAGUGAUUGAAGUAAUCUUGGACAUUGUAAUCUCAUGUCAGUAAGAGAAGGAGGAAACAGUUCAAAUCCACAUGAUAAAAGCCAUAUAGGCAAUUAUGACCAACAGAAGGCACCAUAUAUAUGGGGAACUAAUCACUAAAGUGUUUUCAAUGCUCAUCAAUUUACAUGCAGGUAACAUGAUAUGUUCAAUAUAAUAGUCUCUAAAAUAGUUGCGAUUGUGAAUGCAAGCAAGGAGGCAUGUCAGAAGAUAGUUAGCACUUACUUUUAAAGAUUAGAGGAUUAUGGCAUUUUAACUGAGGAAGAAUUCCAACAAGCUAUUCAAAAACAGGGCAAUCAAGGAUAGUUGGUCUUAGGUAAAUGUAGAGCCAUGAUUAAUGCCGAACAAUACAUGAGGUCCUUGAUGACUUCCCUCAUUGAUGAGGUGCAGAUCUAUACUGAGAGGAAAUAAGUAUAUGAUAGACAAAUAGAAGAUUUAAACUAAAUGAAAGUUAUUAAUCUAGAUCUUCAUGAACCCAAUUUAAGAAAUGUAACAGUUGAAAAAAACUAGAUCUAAGUUAAUGUCACCAACGAACAAAAUAUUAAAAAUGGAAAAUUCGGAUGGUGCGUGGUGUGCAGAAACUCAGCAUCACAAUAUUGUAAAGAGACGAAAGUACCUAUUUGUAGCAAAGAGUGCAAAUUUAUACAUCUUAAUUAAAUGAAUAACUUCUCAUAAUGCUACCAACACUCAAGCAACAGCGACCAAUAUUGCAAGGAUGCCUUGGAAAUCUUGGAAAUGCUAUGUUAACUUAGUUAAAGAGAUAACACUAAUCCUUAAUUAAGUUAAAUGAUUAUCAAAUGUAAGAUCCUCUCUCUUGAAUUGAUCUAUGAGGCCUUGGCUUAAAGCGAUACAAUCCUAUAAAACAAACCCAAAUUAAUUUAAAUUUUAAAAGAACAAUUAUUGGAAUCUCUAUUAAAGAAUUCCCUAUCUACCGAGAAAUAACUACUCAUAUUGACACUCAAUAUCUUCAUUUAACUGAUAUGGAAAGUAAGAAGCCAUCUCAAAAAGGAACUAGAAGCUUUGAUUGAAAAUGUUUACUUUAAGUUCUUGGAUAGUAGCAACAGUUCCUUUGAUCAUAAAUAAUACACUCUCAAAGUGUUUAAUAAAAUCAUGACCAAACCCAGAGUCGUCAUUGAAAUCUUUGUUAAUUAUGAUUGUUCUUUAGGAUAAAAUAACCUCUUAAAAAAGAUACUAGAUAUGUAAUGCAGAAUCGUCUAAGGCAGAUUUAGCAAAUAAGAAUUCUAAGCAUCCAUUACUCAAAAUUAGGAAACCUAUUUAAAAUCCUUAUGUCUAGAUAAUUACUAUGGGUAUAUUAAAUGCCUUAAGGAAUUCUGCGAAUAGAAUGAAGACCAAUAAAAUGUCAUACAAGUUUAACAACUUGAAGAUCAAGAAGAAACAGCCAUUCAAUCAUAGCAAUUAUCACAAGAUCCCAUAGAGAAAUAAAAAUAGAUGAAAUUAGAAAUGAAUAAGGCUGUUCAGAAAUUCAACUUCAAACCUGAACAUUGUAUAAAACAUUUGCUUGCUUGUUAAUUUAUGGAGACGAGAGAUCCAAAAUUGUUUGCAUAAUUCCUAUGGGAAAAUAGAGAUUUAAACAAAGAUAAAUUAGGAGAAUUAUUUGGUUGUUCAAGCGAAUUCAAUUAAUAAGUAUUCCAAUAAUAUAUAGAUUUUAUGAACUUCAAAGACUUAUAAAUAGAUGAAGGCUUAAGAUAUAUGCUUGAAUUUUUUACCUUGCCUGGAGAAUCUCAAUAAAUAGAUAGAAUUAUGGAAAAAUUUGCUUCCAAGUAUUGCAUAGAUAAUCCUGGAAUCUAUUAAUCAGCUCAAGCUGCUUAUACACUAUCAUAUCUAUUGAUGAUGCUACAAACAGACUUACACAAUGAAAAAAACCUAGACAAAAUGACAAUUCCAUAGUUUGUUAAUUUGGCAAAAGGAAUUAAUGAUGGGGAAAAUCUUCCAUAAGAUUUAUUACUUGGAUUUUAUUAAAGAAUCCAGAAAACCCCUCUUGCAUUACAUGCCAAAGAAUAAGCUAAAAGAGCAUUAGAAUAAGCAAACUAAGUGGAUUAAAGGAAAAGACAUGCAAUGCUAGCAAAAGAGGCUGAAGAAUCUUUAAAAAAGUGGUUCAAGGAACAUCCUAAUUAAGAUGCAUAUUUCUAUGCGAAUUCAAUUGAGCAUGUGAAAUCUCUAUUAUAAUAAACUUGGAGUGCUAUUUUCGCUUCGAUUAGUGUAUUUUUAGAAUAAACUGAAGAUCAAUAAUAGAUUUUAUUAUGUUUUGAGACCAUCCAAUCCUUUAUUUAAUUGAUGGGUAGAUUCGAUUUAGAUGAAGAAAAAGAUACAUUUAUCAGUUUUUUAUAGAGAUAUUGUACUGGUAUUCCUAAUACCUAUCGAUAAAUUUUGGGUGUUUAGGCCUUAAUAAAAGCAGCUAUCUAAUCUGGAUAAUAUUUGCGCAAGAGUUGGAAAGUUGCCUUGUAAUUGGUUUCUAGGUUGGAGACCUUGCAUCAAGUUGUGAAGAAAAUUAAGGUUGAUUCGCCCUAGAAGGAGAAUUAUAAUUAGGAAGAUAUUCAAAAUAUUGAGAGAUUAUUUCAAUCUAUUUCAUACGAUUAGAUAGAUAAGAUAUUCAAUAUGUCUAUAAAUUUGGAUUCUAAUUCAAUCUUGGAAUUUAUAAGAGCCUUGUGUGAAUUAUCAAAAGAAGAAAUUAAACAAAAUAGAACAUUUUUGUUAAGUAGAAUGAUUGAAGUAGCAGAUUUUAACAUGGAUAGAAUUAAGAUUAUAUGGUCAAGAAUGUGGGAAAUAAUGAGGGAACAUUUCCUGGAAGUAGGAUGUCAUAAGAAUGUUGAUUUAGCAAUUUAUGCGAUAGAUUAAUUAAAAUAAUUGAGUUGCAAAUUCUUACAGUAACCUGAAUUAGCAAAUUAUCAUUUCUAGAAAGAGUUCCUCAUGCCUUUUGAAUAGAUUUUCAGCCACAGUCAAGCACAGUCUCAAUAUAAAAUAUAACUAAGGGAAUACUUAUUGUCUUGCAUGUGUAUGAUAACUAAUGUGUGUUUUAAUUCACUAAAAAGUGGUUGGAAAAUCAUAAUGAGUAUUGUUAAUUAGGCACUUCAAGAAGAUUAAUAAUAGCUCAUAAGAUUGUGUGUACAGAUUACAGAUAAGAUAAUGGAAGAUGUAAACAAUCAAUAGGUUAAUCAGGAAAUCUAUAUGGAAUUAAUUUAGGCUUUAAUUAAAUUGACCAAGAAUAAAGAUAUUAACAUUGUUGAAAAUGCAAUCAAAUAAUUGAAGACAUUGGUUGAUCACAUUGCAUUGAUAAAAAGAAAUGACAAUAAAUUCUUGGACUCAUUAUGGAUUCCUGUAUUAUCAUCAUUAUCUAUUUUAUACAGCGAUGAGAGAGUAGCUGUUCAAUAAUUGAGUGUCCAAACACUCUUUGAUUUGCUUUAAAAGCAUGGAGUCUAUUAAUCAAAUGAAUUCUGGAAAAUGAUAUUAAGAGGAGUUAUCAGACCAUUAUUCGAUGAAAUCCAAUUUUCUAAAUUACAAUAUACCAAAUAGUAGUAAUCCAAGAAAUCUAUAACUUCAACAUGCAAGAUGACAUUUUUAUUGUUUACAGAUUUAGUAAUUUCACAAAUUUAAUAAAUGUAACCUUGUUUGAAUGAUCUAAUAGACAUCUACAUUCAAUUGAUUUUGCAAACUCAAGAUGUAAUAAUAAAUAUUUAUAAAUAUAGCAUAUAUCCAUUUUAUGUCUUUAAUCACUUAGGAAAAUUAUCUAGAAUGUAGGUCAAUCACUGACUGAAGAUAACUGGAAUCUCUUGAUAGAAUAGAUCCAACAUUUACUGUCUUAAUGUUCUCCUACUGAGUUGUUUGAAGCUUUUAAUUUAGAUGAAGACUUUUAAAAACCUUUAGAUGAACUAUUAAAAGAGGAGAUAAGACCAAAGAAGUUUAGUUUCAAAAUAAAUGCCUAAGAGUGUUCAUCAAAAUAAUAGAUCUAAGAAAAAUGUUUGGAGAUUUUAGAAGUUUAAGUAACAUAAUUCUAAAACCAAAUCACUUAACAAAACAAACAAUUGAUAUUGCAAUUAUUUUAGGAAUAAUAUUAAAAAUGCAAAAGAUUCAACACUAAUAUCUAUAUGAGAUACUUUUUAGAACAAUGGGCAGUUUAAUGGAAUUUUGUUAAGAGAAGCUCAUAAGAAUUUGAUGAUUUAGAAAAUAAUAACACUACCCAAAGUAAACAAUUGAGUUUCAUCAAUGUUGAGUUUCUGGCAGCCAAAGUCAUUGUUUAACUUAGCAAUGACCCCUUAGCUUUUAUCGAAUAAUUGAUACAAAGAUUUCUAGAUGCUUAUAAUGGGUUUUCUUAACCUUUGCAUAGAUAAGAUAGCUUAAAUGGUAAUUUAGAACAAUUAAGGCAUCUUGAAUCUUAGAUUGUCAUCAGUAGAUUACAAUUAUUGUUUAUGGAAACUGUAUUCCCGUAAUUAAAAUAGAAUUUGAAAUCAAAGGUUGUAAGCAAAUGGCUGAUUUAAUUACUAAAGGCUGGGUUGAAUGUGUCAGGAGUUGAAAAUAAAGAAUAUAACAAAGUUUUAGUGAAUUUAUUAGAGGAAAUUAUAAAUUGUGAGAAUAAUGUAUUUUGA